AUGGGUGUCCAUGGGCUCUGGACGGUCGUCCAGCCUUGUGCACGACCGAUCAAGUUGGAAGCUCUGAAUAAGAAGCGUCUGGCGGUGGAUGCCUCCAUAUGGAUAUAUCAGUUUCUGAAAGCCGUACGCGACAAAGAAGGCAAUGCACUUCGAAACUCUCAUAUUGUUGGCUUCUUCCGCCGGAUUUGCAAGCUCCUCUAUUUCGGAAUUAAGCCGGUCUUCGUUUUCGAUGGUGGCGCACCAGUGCUAAAGCGUCAGACUAUAGCAAACAGGAAGAAAAGACGAGAGGGCCGACGAGAAGAUGCAGUGCGGACCGCUGGGAAGCUACUGGCGGUGCAGCUGCAAAGGACCGCCGAAGAAGAGGCAGCCAAUCGUCGAAAGGGCAGGAACGAGAAAGAGGAGGAGAUCCCGGAUAAUCCUGUAUACGUCGAUGAUGCGUUUAUGACCGAGAACGAAAAGCGCCAAGUGCGGUCAUUCAAAAAGAAGGACGCCUACCAUCUACCUGAUAUGCAAGGGUCUCUGGAAGAGAUGGGGGCCCCCAAUGAUCCACGUAUUAUGUCCCAGGAAGAGCUGGAAGAAUAUGCGAGACAGUUUCAUCAAGGGGAAGAUAUCAACCUCUACGAUUUCUCGAAGAUCGACUUCGACAGCCCAUUCUUCGUCAGUCUUCCGGCAACAGACCGGUACAACAUUCUUAAUGCGGCCAGACUCAGAAGUCGUCUGCGGAUGGGGUAUUCAAAGGAGCAACUAGACAACAUGUUUCCUGAUAGGAUGGCCUUUUCGAAGUUUCAGAUCGAGCGAGUGAAGGAGCGAAAUGAUUUGACGCAACGUUUAAUGAAUAUUAAUGGCAUGAAUGGUGAGGAUACCCUGUACAGAUCAGGACAGCGGAUUGCCGGAGAACGUGGGAAAGAGUAUGUCCUUGUCAAGGACGAUACCAUCGAAGGGGGGUGGGUUCUUGGUGUGGUGGGGAACAAGGAAGGUCACGAAGACAAGCCGAUUGACGUUGAUCAAUACGGCCAGCAGAAGAUGUUUGCUGAGAAGGAAGAUCUCUCUGAUGAGGAAGAUGGAGGAUUUGAAGAUGUACCUAUCGAGGGCCUGAACCGACUCCCUAAGCUCCCUUUCCUUCGGGAGGGCGUUCUUGAUGAGUCAAUCAGAAGCCAGAUGCGAGACAGAAGAGGAAGCUCUGGGGAAGGAAGUUUUGGAUUGCAACAAGCCAAUGAUGAUUCCCUCUUUGUUGAAGGUGAUCAACCCUUAUGGGAGCAUAACCGCCAUGAGACCGAUGAUCUGUUCAAUGGCAGUGACGAAGAUGAAGCGCUUCAGCGAGCGAUAGCCAUGUCUCUUGAGUCAGGGACCGCCACCAAGGAUGACACUGAUCUACCUGAAAUCUCACUUAAUCGAAAUCAUGCUGCACUCCCACCUAUCGACGAGGCAAUUUCGAACUUUGCCGACCAGAGUGAUGACGAGGAAAUGGACUUUGCAGCCGCCUUGGCGCAGUCUAAGAGGGUAGCAAAGCCAACAAAAACGAUAGAUAACCCUUUCGAUGGUCCGUUGCCCUUUGAGUCACUCAAGCUCGGGAAGAAAGCCAACAACGAAAAACAAGGAAAGAAAGACGACAGUGCUGGUGCGUCUGAAAAGCAGCCUGCAAAAGAAACCAAGGAUACCCAGGUGCUACCGCCGUGGUUCUCGGGGCCAUCCCAGGGUGCUAAUGGCGUUGAAUUUAUUGCCGAUGAGAUCGAUGAUCGCUCAGUGAAAAGGCUGCCCAAAGACACUCCUACACAGGAUCAUGUGUUCAUCCGUGAUGAAGAUAUGCGGGACGUUGACACCGUGGAGACGUUACACUCGAAGGAAGUGGUUGAUUUGGAUCCAACGCCGGAACGAGGGGACGAGAAAGCCCAAGAGAUCACGGCCUCACACGAAGCCAGCCACACCGAAGAGAUCACUCCCAUCAAAGCAAAUGUGGUAGAAUCUCAGGAUACCGAGGCAUCGGCAAUUCCUAGGGAGGAUGUCAUUCCAGAUGGAGCACAUAAAGAUCCCAUGACGGGGGAGACGCUCUCUUAUGAUGCUCAAGCAGAUAUUGCAGAUUUUGAAGCAUCUCCUUCGCCUGAAUUUGAGGACGUCACAUUACAGCCAAGAACUGUACCUGUGGAAGAACCGCCAUUGCCCGAUCAGAUGGAUCUGCCGGAGGAAUACUUUGAUCAGGAAGGAUUUUCAGAUCCCGAAGAUGAGGAUUUAAUCCAACAACUUGCAGCCGAAGGCGAAGAGCAUGUACGCUUCGCAGCGACACUGAAUUCAGCGGCUCACAUUGAAACACCAUUUGACUACGAGCAAGAGUUAAAGCAACUGCGUUCUCAACAAAAGAAAGACCGAAGAGAUGCAGACGAAGUGUCCCAAGCCAUGAUAACCGAAUGUCAGCAACUGCUGACGCUAUUUGGCCUUCCAUAUAUCACAGCGCCUAUGGAGGCCGAGGCGCAGUGUGCAGAAUUGGUAUCACUAGGCCUUGUGGAUGGCAUCAUCACUGAUGACAGCGACAUUUUCCUGUUUGGAGGCACGCGGGUGUACAAAAAUAUGUUCAACCAAAGCAAGUUCGUUGAGUGUUACCUGACUACGGACCUGGAAAAAGAAUAUUCUCUCUUCCGCGCCAAGCUCAUCAGACUUGCCCAUCUUUUGGGAAGCGACUAUACAGAAGGUAUCCCUGGCAUCGGACCGGUGACUGCCCUGGAGGUCCUCACUGAGUUCGCAAACCUGGAAGAAUUUCGUGAUUGGUGGACUCAGGUGCAAACGGGACUCAGUAUGCACGAUGAUACUCAUGCGACGUUCUAUAAGAAGUUUAAAAAGCAGGCAGCGAAAAUCUUCUUGCCACCGUCUUUUCCGGACCCUCGGGUUGAUGUCGCAUAUCUGGAACCGGAGGUGGACUCGGAUCCAUCCCCCUUUCAAUGGGGCGUACCUGACUUGCACGGUCUACGCAACUUUCUGAUGUCAACUAUCGGCUGGAGUCAAGAUCGUACUGAUGAAGUCCUUGUGCCUGUCAUUCGCGACAUGAAUCGCCGAGAGCAGGAAGGUACUCAGUCGAACAUCACCAGCUUCUUUAGUGGACCGCUAGGGGCGGGUGCCUUUGCACCUCGUGUCCGAAGUGGAGGCCAGACGAGGAUGGAGAAGGCUUUUAGUCGACUCCGACAGCAAGCUGUGCCCACGGAACAGUCAGACUCACUCGAUGUAGAGGGCGAUGCCAUCUCAGAUGGUGCUUCAGAGACUCAGGCGCCGCCCAACCACACAUCAGGUAAAGAAACGGGGACAAAACGAGGGCGUCGUGGACCACAGACUGCAAAGGAUGACACCGAUGGCACCGGAGACAAUACUGCAACCAACAAGAAGAGACGCACCCGCCGAGGUGCGAAGUAG